UGCAACUGUGUUAUGUCAAUUUAAACAUGUCGGUUUUUAGACAUUUUUCAAGAAAACUGGUUUUAAAUACUUUCAAAUCAGACAUAAAGCUACAAAUUAAUACCCAUUGUUCAGUUUGUCUCCGUUUUUUAAGUUACCAGCCAAUCCACUACGAUGGCAAACCCGACCCGGGCCCCGUUUUUAUCAAAAAAGAAGUACAAACUCUCCUGAGAACCUUAACAAGGGUAGAUCUUGCAAAAGUUUUCAAAAAACGACGGUUCGGUGAGACGCAGCUCCAGCAACCUGUGUACAAAUUUAUGACAGAUGAGCAGCUUCAGGAAGCGUAUGAAGAAGCGAAAAAAAAAGUAGAUACGUUUCUUCAGAUACCUCCAGUUGUCGCCGUACGAAAACCUAAAGAUAAAGUUCUGUCAAAAGAUCCAGCUUUACAAGGUUUGGACACUUCGGCGUUUGUUUUCACGGAUAUAUCAUAUGGGGUGCGUGACUCCGAACGUAUGAUACUAGUGAGAGAGACUGACGGCACUUUGAGAGAAGCAGACUGGGAAACGCGGGACCGAAUCAACCAGUUGUAUUUUCCAGUUGCACAAAGACAAAUUCAGACACCAAAAAUGUUCCAGGAUAGUAACUUAGAAGAUUUGUUGAAAAGGGGCGAAUAUAACUUUAUUUUGGACAGAGCUUGCUUACAGUUUGACCCGAAUGACCCCCUAUAUCAGAAAAUUGUGUCCAUAACUUACCAAUGUGUCAAUGAUAAUAAUCAUUUUAAUGAACUCAGAUCUACCAGACAUUUUGGUAGUUUUGUCUUUUUCUUAGCUUGGAACAAAUUAAUUGACAACUUAUUACUGGACAUUAUUGAAUCUGAGCACAUUGAAGAAGCUAAAGCUUUGGUUGAGCUUUAUAGCCACAUCCAUCAAGUUAAAUAUGAAUCUAAAGAAAACCUCCAACAAAUUGAUGAAUACAUCAAAAACCACGCCAGCAAGAAAGCGGCUUUGGAGUUGGCGUUUCAGGCUUACAAAAAUGCAGCUAAAAGGAAAGGAGAAGUAGAGGAGGGUAUUAAGAGAGCACAUGGUCUCAGCUGAACUAGGUAAACCAUAUAGUUAAGAAUAAAUUUGUACAAAUAUAAAAA